CUAAGGGGACAUCACGUCUGUAUUACCAGGCAUUCCCGCUGCUGCCCGGAGGGGACCCGUGUCCCGUGGACUGGGAGUUCCUGGAGAGCCGCCUCUGAACAGCUGGCAAUAACUCCCUAAGUCCCGUCUCUUCAUUUUCCUUAGUGUUGCGUUUCGGAACAUUCAGAAACCAUGAACAUGAACAGCGUUAGUGAUGAAGAGUUUGACUGCCAUUUCCUCGAUGAGGGCUUUACUGCCAAGGACAUCCUGGACCAGAAAAUUAACGAAGUCUCUUCCUCAGACGACAAAGAUGCCUUCUACGUUGCGGACCUGGGAGACAUUCUAAAGAAACAUCUGCGGUGGCUAAAAGCUCUUCCUCGGGUCACCCCUUUUUAUGCAGUCAAAUGCAAUGACAGCAGGACCAUAGUGAAGACCCUAGCUGCCAUCGGGACGGGGUUUGACUGCGCCAGCAAGACUGAAAUACAGUUGGUGCAGAGUCUUGGGGUGCCUCCAGAGAGGAUCAUCUAUGCAAACCCUUGUAAACAAGUGUCUCAGAUUAAAUACGCUGCCAAUAACGGAGUCCAGAUGAUGACUUUCGAUAGCGAAGUGGAGCUGAUGAAAGUUGCCAGGGCACACCCAAAGGCAAAGCUGGUGUUGCGCAUCGCCACCGAUGACUCCAAAGCAGUCUGUCGCCUCAGUGUUAAAUUUGGUGCCACACUCAAGACCAGCAGGCUGCUUCUGGAGCGGGCCAGGGAGCUGAACAUCGACGUCAUCGGUGUCAGCUUUCAUGUGGGCAGUGGCUGCACUGACCCUGAGACCUUUGUGCAGGCCAUCUCUGACGCCCGCUGUGUCUUUGACAUGGGGGCUGAGGUUGGUUUCAACAUGUACCUGCUGGACAUUGGCGGUGGCUUUCCUGGAUCUGAGGAUGCAAAGCUUAAAUUUGAGGAGAUCACCAGUGUCAUCAACCCAGCCCUGGACAAGUAUUUUCCAUCAGACUCGGGAGUGACAGUCAUAGCUGAGCCGGGCAGAUACUAUGUUGCAUCAGCUUUCACGCUUGCGGUUAAUAUCAUUGCCAAAAAGCUGGUCUUGAAGGAGCAAACGGGCUCUGAUGAUGAGGAGGAGUCGAGCGAGAAGACCUUCAUGUAUUACGUGAACGACGGAGUGUACGGGUCAUUUAACUGCAUCCUCUACGAUCAUGCGCACGUGAAGCCCCUGCUGCAGAAGAGGCCCAAACCAGAUGAGAAGUACUACUCAUCCAGCAUCUGGGGACCGACCUGUGACGGCCUCGAUCGCAUCGUGGAGCGCUGCGGCUUGCCCGAGAUGCACGUGGGGGACUGGAUGCUCUUUGAAAACAUGGGUGCUUAUACCGUGGCUGCUGCUUCUACUUUCAAUGGGUUCCAGAGGCCAACGAUCUACUAUGUGAUGUCAGGGCCAACAUGGCAACUGAUGCAGCAAAUCCAGAACCGCGACUUCCCACCCGAGGCGGAGGUGGAGGAGGACGCCGGCGCCCUGCCUGUGUCCUGCGCCUGGGAGAGCGGGAUGGAGCUCCUCCCAGCAGCCUGCGCGUCAGCCCGUGUGAACGUGUAGACGCCAUUCCUGUAGCUGUUAACGCGAGUGUAGCUUGACAAGGGAUUUGGGGGGACCACUUAACUUAAUGAUUGCUAGUUUGGAAUGUCUUUGUAAGUGGGGGUGGCACAGAUGGAACAAGGUGGAAGGC